AUAACCUUUGAUUAAUCAAACCUUUCUCUAUGUGUUUUUCCCUCAAACCACAUCGUUGACUUGGAUCUCUCAUUGUCAUCUUGUUCUGUUUUUGUGACCUAAUUUUACAGAAACAAAAUGGGUGUAUCUGAAAUUUCAAGAUCAGAGGAGAAGAGCGGUAUAGGUUUCGUUAAAUUGUUUGAAAAUAACGUUGUGUUUCCUGGAUUUUUGGUAUGGAUGAAUCAAACAAUUCAAGAGCCUCUUAAGGCUGAGUUCAAAAGAUUAAGGAAUGUGAAAGAGCUAAGUUUGAAGUCAGUGUCAAAGAUAGAGACUGCUUAUGAGGAGCAUAGAGAUGAAGAGAAGUUAGAGAAGCAAUUACAAGCUUGGAGAGAUAAUCCCUCAUGGAUAGAUCAGCCUCCUAAAGUGGUGGUGAAAUCACAAAAUGGUUUGUUUUGCCAUUUAAACAUUGAAGCAGACGUAGGAUUGCCUCCUGAAUUAGUAUACAACAUUUUCACUCAUCCAGACAACAAAAGAUACUUCAAAAACAUCAAGGAAAACAUAUCAAGAAAAGUUUUGAUCGACGAAGGGCCAAAGCAGACCGUGGAAGUGAAGCAAGCCGCGGCCUGGAAGUUCCUUUGGUGGGAUGGAACUUGUCCUAUACAUCUCAUUGUCGAAGAAAACCGGAAAAAUCUCACUUCAAAAUAUAAGCAAGAGACAACAAUGUUCAUGAAAGUGUUUGAGGGUUGUUGGAAAGUGGAGCCAUUGUUUAUAGACGAACAUUUGUGUGACCGCUCAAAGCCAAAAUCUCAAAAAGAUUACCAUAGCUGUAGCAACGGACGAGGAAGGAUCGGAUCAAAGGUGACAAUGGAUCAAAUGUUUCAGCCUUCAGCUCUUCUUACUCCCCCGCCACUUUCUUGGUACAUACGUGGGAUCACCAUUAAAACCACAGAGAGUAUGAUCGAAGAUCUUUUCGCUGAAGCUACUAGACUUCGGGGAGGAAAAGGAGGAGGCUAUAUUGAUGAUCAAGGAGAAAACAAUGUGGUAACCGAAAAGAGCAAAGCUGAUGACAUUAAGGAAAGAUGGAGAUCACAUAGGAGAAGUAAACGGAGGAGAUUUACAACUGCUAGGUCAAUGUAAUUGAAGAGACUGUGAUUCUAGAAUUUCUUGAUUAUUCUGGAGAUUUGUAAUGUUCAAGCUCUUUACAAGUUUCCCAAAAGGGAUCCUCUGUUUUUACCACUAACGGAAACUACACCUUCCAAUAGAAAAAAAAAAUGCAUCAAAUCUCUCAUAUAGUUCCUUCCACGUUUUGAUUGAAGCUUGUCCU